AUGGUUUAUAAUAAUGGAAGUUUAAGAGGAAGAAAGAAAAAUGAAGAAAAGUAUAUUCCUAUGAACCGAAAAAGUACCAGUCUAAAAGAUCCUUCAAGAACAAAAAAUAAUAAUUAUAUAAAAACCUUAGACACAUAUAUAAAUGAAGAAGAUAGUCCUACUAAAAUAUUAAGUAAAGGCAAAAAAAACAAAACUGGAAAUAUAAAAAAAAGGACUAAUGAAAAGGAUAAUGAUACUGAUAGAGAAGAUGCAGCAUCUCCUAGUGUAGACUAUAACAAGAAUGUGAUGAAAAAAUAUAAUACGAGAGGUACGAUUAUAGAAAAAGUAUCAAGUUCUGAAAGAAAUAUAGAACAUAAUAAUAAUAUUGUCGGAAAAUUGGGAAGCAAGGAUUAUAGUAACGCAAGAGUUCAAAGAAUGUCUACAAGUAUCGGGCAUCAUAACGCUCUGAAAAAAAUAAAUCCUAAGGUUCCUAGUAUUACAUGUAGAACUAAAUCAUACACAAAAGUUAUGAACGAGAACAAAUAUAAUAAUCAUAAUAAUAAUAAUAGUAAUAAUAAUAAUAUUAACAGUAUGUAUUAUUCAAAAAAAUUAAAUAACAAGAAAUAUAGUACUGAACAUACCCAAAGUAUAGAUAAUAAUAACAUAACUUCAAAAAGGUUAAACAAUAAAAAAACUGCUACGGAUAAAGCACAAAGUACAUCAAGAUAUUGCAUAAGCAAUAGUGUAAAGAAAAGUUAUAGUACAAAGGGAUAUAAUACAGACAGAUCACAAACAAUGUCUAGAUAUACUCUACAAAAUAAAAAGGACUCAAAUACUAAUACGAAUAGAAAAGGAUACAGUACACAUAGAGGACAAAUAAUUCAAGAUAAUAGUAAUAUUAAUAAUCAGGCAGAAAAAAAAAAAAGAAAUAUGAGCUUGAAAAAAAAAUAUAUAAAAGAAUCUUCUAAUAGUACUAUUACAGGUAGCAAUGAAAAAAAGAAUUCAAAUAAUAUACUGAAAAAAAAUAGUACUUGUGAUUUAAACUAUCUUAAUAAAGAAUAUAAUAAUAAUAAUAAUAAUAAUAAUAAUAAUAUGCAUGAACACACAGAAAACGUAUAUAAUAUAAAUGAAAAUGAGGGUUGUAGUAGUAUGCAAAUUAUAAAUGAUGAAGAUGUACAAAAAAAUGUACCUGAAUUUUACACAAUUAAUUUAGGUAGUGAAACUAAAAAUAAGGGAGAAAAUUACAUUUUUAAAAAUAGAGAUAAUAAAAUAAAACCAAAUAUAUAUAAUGAACGUAAUAAUAUGGAUUUGAUGGAACAUAAAUUAAAUGAUGAUAUGAGUUAUAAUUUUGCAGAUCAUAUAAAAGAUAUUGAAUGUUAUAUUAACCAACUAAAUGAAUCAAAUAAAUGUAAUAUAUAUAAAGAAUAUGAUCCUUCCAAAUUAAUAAGUCCAGUAUAUGAUAAUGUUAAUGAUAAUAUAUUAGAAAAUAAUCAACAUUUGAAUGAAUAUGAAAAACAUAAUGAUAUAUUAACAACUUCGUACCUAAAAUAUUACAGUCACACUAAUAAUAAUAAUAAUCAUUAUUAUAAUGAUGAAGAUGUUCAUUUGGAUUUAGGAAAAAUGAAUGAAGGUUUUUCCAAUGUAGCUAAAAAUAUGGAUAAUAUUCCAUGGAAUGAAACGAAUAGAAAAGAAUCUUUUUCAAAUAUAAAAAAAAAAAUAGAUCAUACUGAUGAUAGGCAUAUAGCUUAUGUGGAUAAUAGUUCUAUGAAGCAUACAAUGAAUGAUAAGGAUCAAUAUGUAAAAAGUGUGCCUUAUAAUUAUACUAUGGAGGAAGUACUUUUAUUAAAUGAAAAGAGGGGAAAUAUUUUGGGCUCCCUUAUUUCAAAAAAUCAUGAUGCUAAACGUGCUACCAGCAAUAAUAAUAAUAAUAAUAAUGUUAAUAAUAUUAAUAGUAAUAAGUACUAUUAUUACGAUAAUAAAUAUAGUGAACAUGGAGGAGAUAGCGUUUCAUCAAAUAUAUGUUAUCCUCAUGGAUAUAAAAAUAAUAAUAUUUACAAUUAUGUGAAUAAUAUAAAAGAUUCAUCAUCACCUUUAUAUUGCAACACUAAAACAAAACGUGCGCAUAAAUUUCAUACAGAUAAUAUAAUGAGUGAUCAAUUAAAUAAAUAUGAAGAUAAUAAUAAAAAUGAUGGUAAAUUUUUUAGUGGUAAUAUUUCAAGUAAACAAAAAGGAAAGAAUAAUUUAACGAAUUAUACUACUCAUAGUUCUGAAUAUAGAAUAAAAAGUAUUGAAUCUAAUUUGACAAAGGAUUAUAGAAAAUCAUUGACAUAUAAUGAUAUACCUAAUUUUUUAGACUAUAAUAUAAAUAAUACAAAUGUUCAAAACAGUGAUUUUGGUGAUUCACAUUAUAUUAAUCGAAAUGCUUCUUAUAAAAAUAGUAUGAAUUCAAAUGAUGAUAUUCAAAAUAGUAAUAAUAAUAAUAAUAAUAAUAAUAAUAAUAUGGUUAAUAAUCCAAAUGAAUAUUUAGUAUAUACUAAUGAAAAACAUUAUGUUAGAAUAAAUAACAAAUUAUAUGAAAAGACACGUGACAAUACUUAUAUUGAAGUAGAUGCUAAUUCAAAUUUUGAUUUCAUAAAUGGUAUUAAUUCUUCCCAUAAUUCCCCUCUUGAUAAUAUAAAGGAUAAUACAUUAUACCAUAAUACAAAUAAAAAAGAAUAUUCUGAUUAUGUUUCUUCUUAUACUAAUAUUAAUAAAUAUGAAGAUAUAAACAUACCUAAUAAUAUACAUGUUUCAAAAGAUGGAAAAUAUUUAUUUAAAAAUUAUUCCGUAAGUCAAAAUGUUUCAGAUGAUAACAGUGUUCAGGAUAGUCUUUUUUCAAGAACCGAAAGAAGUAACAGCCAAAAUAGAUAUGAUAAAAAUGGAGUGAAACAUAUUGAACAAAAUUAUUAUAAUAAUAGUAACAGACGUGAUGAUAUAUAUUAUUAUCAUAACCAACUAAAAAAAUUAGAAAGAUUAACAGAACAAAAUAUAAACAGAGGAAAAUAUCAAAGAAAUAUUCCACAAAAUGAUGAUAAUGAUGAUGAUAGUGAAAUUAAAGAAGUGAAAAAGGAUAAAACAAAAAUAGAUAUAAAUAAACAUUUACAUUUUAAUGAUAAAAAAAUAUUUAAUCAAGAGAAAAGUGAAAACACUGGGGUACAUAUUAAUGCUUUUAAGACUAUUAAAAAUAUGAAAGAGGUAACUUAUAGAAAUAUUAAUAAUGAUACCAAUUAUAAUAAUAAAGUAAAAAGUAAUUACUUAUAUAGUAACCAAUUAGGAAAAAAUAAGAAUAGGGACACAUCCUUAAAAACAAAACUACAUGGUGAUAGUUUAGAUAAUAAAACAGAAUUAAAGAAGAAAAUAUAUAAUGAAAUAAUAAAUAAUGAUAUAAUAAAUAAUGAUAUAAUAAAUAAUGACAUUGUAAAUAAUAACAUAAUAAAUAAUGAUAUAAUAAAAAGUGGUGCAAUAAAUAAUAAUAUUGUAAAUAAUAAUUUGAUUAAUAAUUACAAUGCUGAUAAUAGAAAUGCCUCAAAUAGUAUAUUCACACAACACAUAAAUAAUAUAAAUAAUAAUUUUUACAAUUCUGAUGAUGAAAGAAUUAAUAUAAUAGAUAAUAAUAAAAGGAUGGAUAUGACGGAAGAUGAAAGUGAUCGAUUCAGAAAUAAUUAUUUUGUAGAAUUAGAGAAAAGAAAAAAAAAUUUGGGGAAGACAAAUAAUACUACUCCUAUAUCAUUAUCAAAAAAUGAGACAAUAAAUAAUAUGAUGAUUAAUAAAAGAAAUUUCUUUAAUAAUUAUAUAUCUGAUAAGGCUAGAGAUAAAAUAUUAAAAAGAGAAAUAUCAUGUAGUGUGAAUACAGUACGUAGUAGUAAAACAAAUAAUAAAACUAAUAGUAAUUAUUCAUCAUAUAAUAAUAAUAAUGAUAAUAAUAAUAAUAAUAAUAAUAGUAAUCCAUUUAUAUUAGAUAAUUCUAUAAGAAAAAGUAAUAUAAUUAUUACAACAAGUAAUAAUGCUAAGUUAAUAAAUAAUACUAUUAUUAGUAAAGGUAUAAAUAAUAAUAUUUUGAAUAUUAACUCAAAUAAGAAUAAAUCAUUAAAUAGUGCUAAAAUUAAUGCCCUUGGUUUAUUAUCAUCAAGAAAUGAUCUUAACUAUAUCAUGAAUAAUAAUCGUAUUUCAAAUAAUCAUAUUAAUCAACAUCUUUUGUAUAAUAAUAGAAAUUACUCUGUAAUAAAAAUACCAAAUGUUCAUAAGGAAAAAAGAUCCUCAAACAUUCCACAUAAUAUAAAUAUAAAAUCUAAUCCUAAUUUGGAACCAAAUAUAAAAACAUAUACAAAUAUAAAAGCAUAUACAAAUAUAAAAGCACCUACAAAUAUAAAAGCACCUACAAAUAUAAAAGCUCCUACAAAUAUAAAAGCACCUACAAAUAUAAAAGCUCCUACAAAUAUAAAAGCACCUACAAAAGUAAAUGCACCUACAAAUAUUAAACGUCAAGAAUUUUCAAAUGACAUCUUAAAUUAUAAAGGAAUAUCCAAAUUCGAUAUAAAUGAAGAUAAAAAUACAACGAUAAUUCCACCCCUACAUAGACAAUCAAAUUCAAAUUUCCCGUUUAAAAAUACAAAGCUGAAUUUAAACAGUGACAUGUAUACAGAAAAAGAACUUAUAAAAUGUAGAUCCAUAAAUAAUAGUGAUAUAUAUAAUUAUUUAAGAAAUACUUAUAACAAAACUCCAUCAAAAUUUUAUCGUACGGUAUCUUAUCGUAACAUGAGUUUAAAGAAAAAUAAAUCUAUGUUAGAAAAUAGAAAAAGGAAAACCGAAAAAAAAGAUGAAAAUCUUAUGAGUACAUUUAAUUAUACAUCUGAAGUUGAUAGUAAAUAUAUUGUUAAAAAAGCUGUUGUUGUUGGUUGUAAUUAUGUGAGUGAAGAACGAAGUAGACUAUAUGGUUCAGUGAAUGAUGCUUAUGUAUUUUGUAGGGCGCUAGUAAAAUAUUUUGAUUUCUUACCUGAAAAUAUAUUGCUAUUAACUGAUAGUUUACCAUCCAAUGCUUAUAUAUAUGAAGAUUUUGAUAUAAAUAGAAAAAAAUAUAUAAAUGUAGAUGAAGAAGAAAAUGUUAAAAAUAAUGAACCAUUAAAAAAGAAGAACAUUUUUAAUUUAUUUAAUACAAAUGCAUUAUAUACUACAUUAAAGAAAACUAAUGAAGAAGAACUUAAUUGUAAUUCUUGUAAAGAUGUUGAAAUUAAAAAUGUAGACAUUUCUUCUGAAAAGAUGAAUUUUAAUUUAUGGCCAACAAGGGUAAAUAUAUUAAAGGCAGUCAAUUGGCUCGUUAGAGAUUCAAUACCCUUUGGUUCUUAUGUAUUUUAUUUUGCUGGAAAAAGUGUGCAAGUAGAUAAUAUGAGUGGAUGGGAAGGAGAGGGAUAUGAUGAAGCAUUUUUAUGUUCAGAUCCAUUUAAUAAAAUUUCUGAACAUAAUGUAAUAACAGCUGUUCAAUUAAAAGAUUUGUUAUUAAGUAUAAAUGAAAGUGCACAAAUGACUAUCAUUUUAGAUUGUUCAGGUGGGCAAACAAUCUUAGAUCCAGCAGGAACGGAAAAUUCCUUAUCUUAUAUUAAAGGAUGCAAACAAAAAGGUAUAUGGCCCAUAACUAAUCCAACCAAUAAAGUGCAUAAAGCAAUAUAUGAUAUAACUAUAUUAAACAAUACAUCUAUGAAGAAAUAUUUCUGUAGAUCGAGAUAUUCAAAAUUAAUAGAAGUUGAAUCCACAUCAGCAAUGAUAGAUCCAUUAUUACAAUCUAUAUCAUCUUUACCAGUAGCGCCUAAAGCUUAUUGUUUAUGUGCAGCUACCUGGGAACAAAUUUCUAUAGAGGGAUUAUUUCCUAUCAUAGAAUUUGCUAGGGUAUCUCAGCUAAAGAAACCUGAAUCCUAUAAAACAGGUGAAGGUCAUUACCAAAAUAUGAACAAAAAGAAAAUAAGAGAAGAAAAAAGCAAUAGGAAAGGCCCAAAUGGUUUAAUAAAUAAGAACAACAAUUUAUCUAAAAAAACAAAUUAUGAAAAAAAUUUCAACUUUACAUUGAAUAUGAUGAAAAUGUUUUUCAGCAAUACAAAUAAUAACGAAAAUAAAUUAAAUGAGAAGGAAAAAGUAAAUAGAUUAGGAUUUAACGAAAAUGAUAGUGAUUAUAUUGAUGAUAAUUAUAAUAGUGAUAAUGAAUAUAAUAGUGAUGACAAUAAUAAUAAUAAUUAUUAUUAUUAUGAUGAUGGGGAAAAGGGUUUUAAAAAUUUUCAACAGAAUUUAAAUAAUGUUGGUCAAAAAGAUGUAAUAAAAAAUAAGAAAUUAAAAGAUAAUUAUAUUCUUGUUAGUCACGGUGUAUUCACCUACUGUUUAAUUGAAGCUAUUAUUGAAUUUAAAGAAAAGGAAUUAAAAUAUAACAUCCUAGAAAAAAAGAAUGAACAAUUUAUACCUAUGACAUUAAAAAAUUUAAUUAAUAUUAUUCAACAAAAAAUACAAAAUAUAAAAUAUAAUAAAUUAAAAAAAAUAAAUCAAAAACCAGAAUUUACUAUACAUCCAGGUGCUAAUGCUACUAAUAAUAAUUAUUUUGUUCAUUAUUCAAAAAAUAUACAUUUCCAAAAUUAUAAAUGCAAUUUUAUAAAUGCAGAUUUAUCUCCUUUUUUAAAUGUAAAUAAAGCAUGGGAAGAAAUUAACAGAACUACUCUAAGGAAUAGAAAAUCUUUAUCGUUAAGCUCAACUUUAAUAAACACAGCAUCUUCCAAAUAUUUUACUCAGAAAAAUGAGCAAUUUAAAAAUUCUUAUUCACUCAAAUAUUAA